AAUUAUAAUACGUAAACCUUGCGUUAUUGACGGACACGAGACAAUGGCGGGCUGGUGUGUUGUAGGGUUUUUAGUGGCUGUGCUUGGGAGUUCGAUAGCUAGCCCAAGGGUAACUUUUCCAGAAAAUGUUUUGCGCAGUCAAAAUCGUAUAGUGUCAGGAUGGGAGGCGGAGGAGGGACAGUUCCCUUAUCAAAUCUCACUCCGGAUGGUCAACCUUGAUGGUAGAGUCAAUGGAUGUGGUGGUACCAUCAUACAUUCUGAAUGGGGACUAACUGCAGCCCAUUGUACAGCCACGCGCGUGACAAUUGUUAUUCGUGCCGGUACUGUAAACCUUACGAGACCAGAAAGCAUCUUCGAGACAACCACUUACUACAAUCACCCACAGUACAUCGAAGCGCUGCAGUCUGUGGUUCAACCGCACGAUAUCGGUCUUCUGAAGUUCAACCGCGUUUUGCAAUUCACAGACCGUAUCCAACCAGUACGCUUACAAUCGUCUUUUGACGCCAACAAGGACUACAGUGACGUCAGGCUACAAGCCAGUGGCUGGGGACGCACCUGGACCUCAGGUGAGUCUCCGGAGAACUUGAAUUGGGUUUACUUACGCGGCGUAUCAAAUGCCUUCUGCCGUGGUCUGUACGGCAGCAUAGUUAUCGACUCUACUAUCUGUGCGAGCGGCUAUAAUGUAACCAGCCAGUCUACUUGCCAGGGUGACAGCGGUGGACCUCUGCUAGUAGAAGACGUCGAUGGCCAACUCACUCAGAUCGGUAUCUCCUCUUUCGUCUCGGGCACUGGCUGCCACACUGACUUCCCCGCUGGUUUUAUUCGUACCGGUCCUUAUCAUGAAUGGAUAAGCGAAGUGACAGGUUUGAACUUCGACGUGCAAGUUGAACCUACCACCACAACUGCGGGAAUUGAUACCACCACAGCUGACUCAGAGACGACCACCGCAGAACCUGAACCCACAACCGUGAGUGAAAAUGAACCCACCACAGUAUCUGAACCUGAACCUACGACCGUGAGCGAACCUGAACCUACGACCGUGAGUGAAUCUGAACCUGAAACAGAACCAGAAGUAACAGAAGCACCUAGCAAAUAUUUCUUCUGGUUUAAAUUCUAAAUAUAUACUCCAAUUUACGAGUACUAUCCAACAUUUUUGAAUAAUUUAUGUAGAGUUUUUCUAACUAAUCAAAAUGUAUGAAACUAUUUGGAAAUUUUAUAUUUGACAUUAAAGUAUUAUUCACAGA